AUGCGCCUGUUGCGACUAUACCAUGGCCUCGCUGCCGGACAGUCUCGCUUGAAGCUCAGAUACAGUUAUCGGCGCUGCUUUUCCAGUACCCACAUCCAUCAUGACCUGACACCCUUCUCGCGCCGACUAUUCAAAUUACCCUCUGCACCGUCUCCGCCCUCACAACAUCACAAUGACCUGACUACCUUCCUCUCCUACGCCAAACACAUAUCCCUUCCAGAGACAAGCACAGUAUACGUCGGCACGCACUAUGAAUAUACAGUCCUCCAAACGCUCCGCCGGUACGCCCUAGGACUCCACCGCAUCGGCGGCCGCGACGACGCCGGUAUCGACCUCGUGGGAACCUGGCACCUCCCAGAGCGCGAACGAGAGCGCGCACUACGUGUACUAGUGCAAUGCAAAGCACUUAAAGCCAAAUUAGGCCCGAAUCUCGUGCGCGAGCUCGAAGGGACGUUCCGCCAGGCCCCUGUCGGCUGGCGCACGGGCCAGACAGUCGGCGUGCUGGUCGGUCCGCGUGAGGCAACCAAAGGAGUCCGCGAUGCGCUUGCGCGGAGCACUUACCCCCUAUUUUGGAUGAUGAUCGAGCGGGACGGGACUUUGAAACAGGCUCUUUGGAACGCUCGUGCCGAGGAACUGGGGCUUGGGCCUCUAGGCGUGGAAACGCGAUAUGGGGCCUCUGAAGGCGAGUCCGGCUCCGUUAUCAAGGAGGUUGCUUUGACCUGGGAUGGAUGUGAUAUCCCUGAUAUGGGUCGCGUGGAGCUUGAUCUGGCUCGGUUCGAAGAGCAAUGGCUCGCAUCUUGGGCUGCAGACUUGCCGGAGAUUGAGAAGGAUAAGUUGCUGGAUAUUGCUGAGAAGGUGCUACCGCAUGGCUCAUCGGGAUUUUUGUCAGAUGGGAAAAUUUCGGAUGCAGACCGGACGAAGGUCCUUCAGGCUUUCCAAGAGCGGCAACCUGAUCUAUCGGUAUCGGCGUGA